AUGCGAAGGGGGGUAACAGAUACUCCACCAGUCCUAGAUUUGGAGAAAGAGUCAAGAAGCCCUGCUUCACUGAGAAAUUUGUUUGACGUAGUUGCAGAAGGCCUUCUAAACACUGCACAAAAUCUACAGUCGAUUGAAGGUGUUGAACCCAUGAGUAUCAGAUGGCCAAGGCAUCUAACACCUACUCAUCUGUCACAGCUGAUACGAAAACAGAAAAACCCGCUAAAGGCUUUGGGGAUCUUUGGUGAAGCAAAAAACAGAUACCCAAAUUACCACCAUAACGGUCCUGUAUAUGCUGCCAUGAUUGACAUCCUAGGAAGGUCAGGACGAGUGACUGAGAUGAAAGAAGUAAUUUAUAGAAUGAAAGAGGACUCCUGCGAGUGUAAGGAUUCAGUAUUUGCCGGUGCAAUUAAAACUUAUGCAAGAGCAGGUUUAUUAGAUGAAGCAAUUGCUCUAUUCAGAAGUCUUCCACAAUUCAAUUGUGUGAACUGGACAGAAUCUUUCAUUACUCUUUUGAAGAUACUAGUGAAAGAGAACGAACUCGAAACCACUUAUCACCUUUUUUUAGAGAAUUCCUGCCGAUGGGAAGUCAAGUCUUUGACCCAUGCCCUGAAUUUGCUCAUAUAUAGUCUUUGUCGUAUACAUCGUUCUGAUCUUGCAUUGUGCAUUUUCCAAGAAAUGGAUAAUCAGUGUUGCUAUCCAGUUAGGGAAACAUAUUUGACUUUGAUGAGGGGUUUGUGUGAAGAUGGAAGACUCACUGAGGCCACCCAUUUGUUAUACUCUAUGUUGUGGAGGAUUUCUCAAAAGGGCAGUGGUGCUGAUGUUGCUAUAUAUAGAACUCUGUUGGAUGCUUUGUGUGACAAUGGAGAGGUCUACGAGGCUGUGGCAAUACUUGGUAAAGUCUUGAGGAAAGGGCUCAAGGCUCCAAAGCGAUGCCAAAAACAGCUUGAUCUAAGCCAAAGAAAUCAUGAAUGUGAAGCAAGUAUCCAUAAUGCAAAAGCAUUUAUCACCAAGGCUUUGAUCAAAGGCAUAGUUCCAAGUUGGGAUGCAUACAGGUCAUUGGCGGUUGAUUUUUACUCCGAAGGAAAGAUUGAUAAGGGUGACGAAGUGCUCAAAGAAAUGUACGACAGAGGUUUAAGACCAUCUUCACGAAUUUACGAAGCUAAGGUCGCAUCAUUAUUUACAUCAGGAACGAUUGAUGAAGUCAUGGACGUGAUUGAUCGGGAGAUGGUGGAGAAUAGUUGUGUUCCAACUGUUAGGUUGUAUAAUACUCUAAUCAGAGGUCUUUGUAACAAAGGAAAAUCCGAUUUGGCUUUAGGGUAUUUUGAGAAGAUGUCUAGGCAGGUUGCCUGUGUUCCGAACCAGGAAACAUACGAGAUUCUCGUUGAUGGACUAUGUAGCGAUGGUAAAUACUUAGAAGCUAGUCAGAUGUUGGAGCAGAUGCUAAUUCACUCUUACUGGCCUGGAGGUGAAACAUACACUAAACUUAUACAGGGCCUUUGCUUAAUUGGAAGACCAUAUAAAGCCGUUAUGUGGUUGGAGGAGAUGAUUAGUCAAGCUAAGAUACCACAAAUUUCUGUAUGGGGUUCACUGGUAUCUUCUGUUUGUUCUGAGAGCCUUGAUAUCGAAAGCCGGAGCUGGAGCCCAAGCUACAGUAGUAGCCUGCCUAACAAUGGCUACAACAGGUACCAUCGCUCUUCUCCUGAUUAUUCUUCUUACACUAGACGUACCCCAAUGCCAACAGAAGAAAUAGGAAUCGAUUUGAGUAGUGAUUCAUCAGAGAGUGAAUCUGAGUUGGAGCCUGAGCAUUUUGAAUCUAGAUCAGAUGACUCGCUGUCAAGGAGAUCAAAAUCUGUAUCUGAGAUCGAGAGUGGGUCAGAAGAGUCCAGAUAG